GCAUUAAACAAACUUGAAAAGUCAGACCAGCAACAGAGGGAAGAGGGAGCAAACGGGGUAUUAUUUUAUAACCCGCUCCUCCAUCUCUUGCUGUAUACUUGAGACCCAAUUGGAAGCGAAUUUGAUACGUUUAUCUGCUAUUGAGUCGAUACAGACCCAAGACAAACCUCGAACAUGGCUUUAUGUUUCUUAACGUGUUUUCUGUGCUUGCUUUCCACGCAUCUGGUAUCUUCCUCCGGUAUGUUUGAAUUGAAAGUACAUUCCUUUACGAGCUCCCGGGGCGCCUGCAGGAACCCCCGGGAAUGUCAGAUCUUUUUCCGGGUCUGUCUGAAGCAUGCCCAGGCUGUCAUCUUACCUGAACCGCCCUGCACCUACGGAACCGCUUUGACCGAAAUUACCUCCGCCGACCAGAGCUCAAUCUCCCGCACCGCGUCUAUCCGAGUCCCCUUCCACUUCAAAUGGCCGGGAACUUUCUCGCUUAUAAUUGAAGCUUGGAACGCAGAAUCUGGCGAACCGUCCACAGAAAACCCAUCUAAUCUCAUCAGUCGUUUGGCAACCCGUCGAAGACUGGCAGUUGGCGAGGAUUGGUCUCAGGAUGUCCACUUUGGCGAGCAAAGCGAGCUGCGCUACUCCUACCACGUCGUUUGCGAUGACCACUACUACGGCGACAGCUGCUCGGACUACUGCCGGCCCAGAGACGACACCUUCGGCCACUACACUUGCAACGAAGCCGGAAACCGCGCUUGUCUGACCGGAUGGAGAGGCGAAUACUGUUCAGAGCCCAUCUGUGCGUCCGGGUGCAGCGACAGACACGGUUACUGCGAGCGUCCCGGGGAGUGCAAGUGCCGCAUCGGAUGGCAGGGGCGCCUCUGUGACGAGUGCGUGCGGUACCCCGGCUGCCUCCACGGGACUUGCGGUCAGCCCUGGCAGUGCAACUGUCAGGAAGGCUGGGGCGGUCUGUUCUGCAAUCAGGACCUGAACUACUGCACCAACCACCGGCCCUGCCAUAACGGAGCGACCUGCAGCAACACGGGCCAGGGCAGCUACACCUGUACCUGCAGCCCGGGCUUCAGCGGCACCAACUGCGAGAUGGAGACUAACGAGUGUGACAGCAACCCGUGCAAAAACGGAGGCAGCUGCAAUGAUCUUGAAAACGACUACACCUGCACCUGCCCGCAAGGAUUCUACGGCAAGAACUGUGAGAUCAGCGCCAUGACGUGCGCGGACGGGCCCUGCUUCAACGGGGGCACCUGCGUGGAGAAGCCCGCGGGGGGGUACUCCUGCCGCUGCCCGGUGGGCUACAUGGGCUCCAACUGCGAGAAGAAGAUCGACCGAUGCACCAACACCCCCUGUGCCAACGGUGGUCAGUGUCUCGAUCUGGGACGUAGCAUGCUUUGUCGUUGCCGGCCCGGCUUCACCGGCCCGCGGUGCGAGAUCAACAUCGACGACUGUGCCCGGAACCCGUGCCGGAACGGUGGCACCUGCAUGGAUGGCAUCAAUGACUACACCUGCAGCUGCACGCUGGGCUACUCCGGCCGCGACUGCUCCCAGCGAUCCGACGCCUGUGGCACCGUCCCCUGCCAGAACGGAGGCACCUGCUACACCCACUUCAGCGGCCCCGUGUGCCAGUGUCCCUCUGGCUUCAUGGGCCCCAGCUGCGAGUACAACCUGCAGCCCAGCCCCUCCCCAGAGGGCUCCGGGGACCCCUUCCCAGUGGCCCUCGCCGUGUCCUUCUGCCUGGGGCUAGUCACCCUGCUCCUGGUUGUUUGCGCUGCGGCCAUCGUCCUGCGGCAGAUGAGGAAGAGCCAGCUUGGGAAGUCUGUGCACAGCGGCCUGGAAACCAUCAACAACUUAUCCCAGUUCCCUCGCGACAAGGAGGCCCUGGCCAUCCCCGGGAGCCCCUUCAAGGUGACCAAUAAGGACGCAGAGCUGAGCGCAGACGACAAGGCGGGAUACAAGCAGAAACUGGUCGACUGUAACCUGGCAGAGAGCAAAAAGCAGCAGCACCAGCAGGGGCAGGCUCUGAAGCAGGGCAGUAAAAUGUCCGACCUGUUCAUCUCCGUCCCUCCCUUCACGAAAGAGCCUGCUUACCGCCCAGUUUACAUCAUUCCCGAGCACAUGGAGCAGUGCGUCUUUGCAACAGAGGUUUAAGAAGCAAGUAUCUCGAAAGACUUCACAGCAGGACGUUGCUGGGAAAUGUUUACAUUUCAGAAUGGACUUUUCUUUAAAAAUAGUAUUUCUAUAUAUCUAUCUAUCUAUAUAUAAUCUAUUUAUUUAUGCUGCUCAAUUAUUAUUUUUUUUUAAUGGACUACUCUUCAGUCGGCUCACAGAUAUGAAAGGCGGAUUAAUACUUUGGAGAGAAAGCUUGCCGGAACUUAUUUGCACUACUUUUUCAUUUAUUUAUUUUAACAAUGGACAUUCUAUGGAAUUCAGAGAACCAAGUAUUAUUAUUUUGUUUGUAUAUAAAUUACACAAGAAAAAAAAAAGGCAGGACCUUUUUGCAAAAGAAAGAAAAGAUUGCCGUAUUACAUGGGGGGGGGGGCGACCUGAUUUUUCACAAAUUCAAAAUUUUAGAAAAAAAAGGGGUUUGUAUGUUGAACUUCUCCCCUUGUUUAAAAAACUGACAUUCUGCAUGUUGAAUAAUGUAAAGAGUUAAUGCUUAAGUGCCUAUUUAAACAAAAAAAGCUAUGCUUUCAGAAAAAAUUAGGUACUAUUUUAUAAUUUUUUUUUUUUUUUAAGAGAUGGAUUUACCAAAAAAAAAAAAAAAUUGGGUGGGGGAAAUUCAGUUUCAAAAUGGGUCCUUAGACACAGGUUGUACUUAUUUAAUUAUGUAAAAAAAAAAAAAAAAAAAAAAGCUAUUUAAAAAGUAAACAGCUAAGGCAUGUAUCAUUUAAACCCAGAGCUAUAGUUUUUCAUUGAAAUCAAGCCUUUAAAAAAAGUUUGUAAAACAUGAAGGUAUAUUACUGGAAUUAUAUUUAAUUGUGUUUUUUCCUCAUUUAAAAAAAAAAACAAAAAAAAAAAAAACCACCACACACACAACCACCAAAUGAAUAUUUUAUUAUUAUUUCUACUUCAUAUUUUUAUUAUUUCCUAAUUUAACGCAAAGUGUAUAAAGUGAUGGAGAUACACUGUCUAUAUUAUUUAAUUUCUGUAUAUAUUGUGUAUUUAUAAAAGAGGAUUGUAUAUAUGUCUAUGUUAUACACCUACUGUCGGAAGGUGGAAAGAUUUUAUUUUCCAAAUAAAACAAAUAAUUCAAA